AUGCGUGAGGUUGAGUCUCGCACCCCGCUCCAAGCAGACACCUCGCUGAACUGUCUCCUGUACUGCGAGAUGGUCGACAACCACGAGAGGCCCAAGAACCUGACCUUGAACCACCAUGGCAACUUUGUCACCCGUGGAACAACUCUGACGGACUCGGAUGACCAAAUCGAUGGCGCUUUCGUUCUCGGCUACAAGCACUUUCUCGAGAGCUACCUCUUGCCGCGCAUCAAGGCUCUCAACCAAGCCAGUGACAUCUACGUGCAACCUGUCUCGUGGAUCAAAGACAACCGCGGUUACGGCGACCAUACGGUGAAUUGGGAGUACAGCGUCGGCCUUGAUCCCAAUCAUUCCAAGUCCAACGAUGCCGUCUACGACUACAAGCGUUACCCUGCAGCACAUGUCGAAGACAACAGUGUCGCCUACUAUGAGUUCAAAAAGCACAAUAUUCAGCAGUGCGCCGACUACGCAUUUGAUCCGAGCUCUCACCACAAAUACGUCCACCAAUCGGAUGCCAGCGUCAAGGUCACCUGGGAGAGCGGCGGCAAGACAUUCCACAUUGCUGGAGAGACAACAUACGUCUAUGACAGCAAGUGGUGCCACACCAAUGACUUCAACAAUGAGAGGGAGAUCUAUGGCAAACUGAAGUUGACCUACAAGAUCACAUGGAAUUUCGACAUCACCCUGGCAGACGCAAACAACGGUGUGCUCAACAUUGUGGUCGAUAAGAAGGAAGUCAACGGCAAUGUUGCCAACCUUGAGGUCGUGCCAAACAAGGAGGUGCAAACCGGAGUGACAACCCCAUCAGGCCAGGACAAUGAGAUAGCGGCCGAGUUCAAGCAGAAGCUCAAGACAUCCCUGGAUGUUUGUGUCAAGGACCUCCAGAACGGUUUGAUCAACACGGGCAAGUUUGUGUACCCCGGCAACGGUACGCUGCGGUUCUUGAACCCUUGCAUCAACCGCCAUGGCAAUGUCCUUGCUGAGUUGGAGUACCUCCCGCUUCAAAAGGGCGAGGUCAUUCAGGUUCCUGUGCCGCACAAAGCAGCUCUGCCGCAGAUUGUCAGGCCACCGGAGAACCCGGUGACGGUCAGCUCGGGCGUCUGCGCUCCCAGGCAGAAGAUGACCUGGAGCACCGUCCAAACCAACCCGGCGGCGAGCGAGUUGAAGGAGAUGACCACGGCUGAGAUCAAGAUCCUCGCCACGAACAACACAGGCAGCGAGCAGUACUUCGGCCAUCUAUCCGUCACCUUCAAAGCCGGAAAGGGACCAGGUAACUUGUUCGACGCGGCACACAUUCAACGAGCUGGCGCAGACACCAAAGGCGCGGCUCAGAUCCAGCCAGGUUCCGAGACCAAGGCGGGCGACGAAGAGUCAGAGCCCAAGUACACUAUCGACCUUGACAUAUCUGAAGGUAUCGAUGGGGCCGACAAGAAGAUUGGACUGUCGCAGAUUGGUCAAAUCGCCAACAGUGACAUCAUCUUGUGGCAGGCCAUUGUGAGCGCGAAGAAGGAGCAGGCCAUCAUUGUCCCGCCCGGCGGUUAUGUUGGGUUCAAGUUCUUUAUCCGGACUGGAGGUGAAGGCAGUUACACGCACACCGUGUAUGAGUCCUUCAGGGACGAGAACGAUCCCACCGAGCCGCCUGCCGAUGGUCCUAUCAACAGUGGGAACUGCAACUCCAUCGUUGUGCUUGCGCCGAACCCUGAAGCUAGAGCGGCAGAGGUUGCUAAGAAGGAGGCUGCUGAGAAGGCUGCUGCUGAGAAAAAGGAGGGCGCCGAGAAGAAGGCUGCUCAUGAGAAGAAGGAGGGUGGCGAGAAGGAGGCUGCUGCUGACGAAGCCGCUGUCGACAAAACAAAGGAUUCUGGAGUUUGA